AUUUGUUAGUAGCAUAAAAGUCAGCGACUCAGUAGUUGGAAUCGGAAAAAAUCAGAUUUUAGUUGAUAUUUUACGUCACAAUUGUCACACACGGUCAAUCUUAAAUUUUAUCCCGUGUCGAAAUAAACAGUAGCGGAAAGUAGGCCAUGGCGAAUGUUAGUCUAUUUUAUUCGUUAUUAUUUGGUGCAACGUUAAAAAAGUCGUGUUUAAGUCAUCAAUAAAUUAAAAUAAUGGAAAUUGUGGACAUAGAGGACGGCCAAGCCGAUCCUUCGGCGGUAACAAGAAAGAAAAGUUUAUGGGCUAAAAUAAACAACAGGACCACAUAUAGUUAUUUAUUUAAUAUUGUUAUUUCAAUAUUAUUACUUACGUGUCUAGUUUUAGUGUUAUAUUUCUUCAAAGAAUAUCUGAAGAAUAUUUUAUACUGGGUGGACGCGCAGGAUCCCAAGAUUAUAUUUUUGUUAUUUAUGGGACUAUUUUUAAUUGUAAGUUUCCCAGUGACGAUUGGAUAUUUAGUGCUUAUAAUAACCAGUGGAUAUUUAUUCGGUAUUGUGAAAGGCUUAGGAACUGUAGUGGUAAGUGCGAACUUUGGUGUAGCAGUGGCACAUUUUACGUUGAAAUUGUUGAGAGGAUACUUGCCUCUCGACCGACUGCUGAAGAACGAGACGGCGAGAGCUCUUCUCAAAGUGAUAUCAGGGCCUCAAGCGUUUAAGAUAGUAUUUUUUGCCAGACUGACGCCGAUACCUUUUGGUCUUCAGAACACAAUUUUCGCAGUAAGUGAUGUUCGAGGUUGUGGUUAUCAUUUGGCAACUCUGCUGGGGCUCCUCCCAGCGCAGGUGAUCAACGUGUAUCUCGGGUCAACGCUGCGGUCCAUGCACGACGUUCUGCACGAAUCGCACUUGACUGGAUACAUUGUAUUUGCAUUCCAGAUUCUAAUCGGCAUAACGCUCAUGGUGUGGGUGGUGCAGAAAGCACGCAAGGAGUUGACGAUCGCCAUAAUGGCGGCCGAGUUGGGACGCGAUACGUUGUCGACGAGCAGCUCGUCCAGCUAGCCCACCGCCCGCACCUCCGACGUCGACAGCGGCAGCGACAGCUAGGGGCGGGCCACCGGGUGUUGCACCCAGCAGUGUGAGACUUAUGUCUAACAUAAAAGGACUAAAAUUCUACGUCGUUUCGACUGAUUUACUAAAAUCUCAAGUAACCGUAGCUUUCGCUUUAGUCGUUGCCGUUGACGUCGCUCUGGUGAUGCAUAAGUAAGGUACUGUUUUAAGUUCGGCAGUGACGACCUUUACCGUAAUGUAAGACGUAACUUUAAGGUAUAAGGUUCACAAUUCCGUAGCAAUGGGUCGAGCGAAAUGUCGAAUCUUAGCUAAAAUAGCUAGUCACAUCAGACUUGAAUAACAGUGGCAGCGAAUAAGCACGAACGUGCUCCAAUGUGUGACCUAAUUAUAAAUGAAUAAGGUCCACAAUCCUGUGAUAUUAACGUUACGUUCGUAGAGGAUAUAGUUGGGAAUAGAUAUUGUGAAGAUUUUAUUUUGUAAGUAGAACUUUUUGAAAUCUCUCAGAACGAUACGCACGCAAUAAUAUGAUUACAUUUCUCCUCGAUAGAAUAUUUUCUUGACCUAUUAUUAUUAUUAUAGUCCUAGGUACAGAUAUGAGUAUUGUAACAACAAUAUUAAUUGGCGAGCCUGUAACGAAAUGGAAAAUGUAUAUAAAAAUGCGUCAAGUGCUUAUCAUUCUGACAGAAUUAUAUUUAUUCAAUAUAAAUUGUAUUACAAUUUACAAGUUUAUUUUCGCUGAUAACGUGCUCUGAUGCGGAAAUCUCAAUUUUCAUUUAACGAAGAUAUAUAAAUACAUAUAAUAUAUAGGUACUUUCUCUUUGUCAAAUCCUGCCAAAUGUGUAUGUUAAAAAUGAAAAUAUAAAUUUAUUCCUCUUCAUCGUUAUUUUUAAAUCGAUUUUAGUCAUUAAAUGUUCCAUUUCGUUAAGAUUUUUGACAACAAACAAUAUUUUAUUUAAAAAAAAAACUGUUUUUCAAAAAUAGAACACAAUAAAACGUAUAAAAAAAUGCGUAUAUUUUGCUUAAAUUGUGUUUCUGAAUUGUACGGUUUCAUGGAUUUCGUUAAGUACAUUCGAAUGCUGUCUCGUCACGCAUACUUUUGGUUAAAACGUAAAUCCGUUUUAUCGGAAUGAAAAUCUUUCGUGUGGUAUAAAUUUUGACUAUUACGCUGCGACCUUUGAUAUCUUGAUAUUAUGCUUUAUAGUACUGCACGAAAGCAAAAUUACAAACGGAAAUUAUUCAGGGAAACGUUUUUAUUUAUUUUUUUUAUAAAUAUAUUAACAGUUAUACGUUCUUUGAUUUUUAAUAGUAAUACGAUUUAUUUUUAUUAAAAACUAAAAAUUUUGCUGGUAAUCCGUGAUUGAAUAGCAAUCGAUGAGGUCCUGUGAAAUAACACUUUCGACUUUAAAUAAACAUGCGUCGCAACGUUCCAAGGUUAAUAUUUUGUUUGACUUUAUCCAUUGGAAUCAGUCCAAAAUAUUUCUUUGUUGUCGUUUUAAUGGAAACAAUCAUAAAAACACAUUGUUAUUGCUCUAUAAAAUUUAAAAAAAAGAAAGUGUAUACUUUGACAGGCUGCUGUCUAAUUCACUGCAUUUAAAAAAAGCUUUGAUAUUCGUUAUGAAUGUUGUUGAAAUCGAUUCUAUUUUUAAACGAAUUCGUUAAAUAUUCUGUUCUUUAUCUGAAGUGGUGAUGAUCAAUCAAACGAUAAAACCGUAUUUGGCGUUUUAUGAUGCACGUGGGGUUACGUAUUUAUUGUAAUUUAUCAUUCACGUUAUCAGCUCGACGAAGAUAAUCGCUAGAUAAAAUUACAAUAGCUGGAAGGUCAGAUGACGCCGUACUUUAAGUGUGUUAAUUGACGUUUUAACAUUAGCACGCCGAUAUUGUGUCUUGUUAAUCGUUGUAAGCCAAUAAUAAUAAAUAACUUUAGCAAAAAAAAAUUGUUUACAUUUUUAAUAAAUUCAAUAUAAUCCGUGAACAUCAAUUAUAUUGUAUACCGACACGUUAUGCACUUUUAAAAACUGUUUGCUCUGUAACAAGUCUCUAUUUCAUUUGCAUUUUUUUUAAAUACAACAUAAUUUUCUUUCUUAAUUAUUAUUGAAAGGCAAAGGAGCAAAUUUUCCACUUAAUAGUAAUGCCACCUCCGCUGCAAAAAGUUUAUAUCACCUUAAACCGGCACCGUCAAGCAUUUGUUCAUCCAUUAUUAUAAAUGAUUGCAAGAUUUUAAAUUUAAUAAGGAUAUAACGUUUCUCAAGGUAUAAUAUCAUUGGUAUUAAGUAUUUAAGGCGAUACAAAAUAUUUAUUCUAUUGAGUAAUGGCUUAUUCUGGUGUUUCAUCAUUCUUUCUUCCGUCUCUUAUCGUUAGAAUUUGUAAAUAAAUGUACUAUUAAACUUGCCCUGUUCAACCUUUAUGUAACAUUUACGCUGUUCCCUAACCGUCUGUUCUAGUCCUUAAAAAAAAAUAUAUGUUUUUCUAUCAAUUACCGUUGAUAAUGUCGUUAAGAGAUCAUUUAAGUGAUUUUUCAUAAUACUGCAUUAUUUUCGUGUAUUUUUAAUGCCUUUAAUGUAAAUCAAUUGUAAGUAAUUACAACUAAUAUAAUUAAUGUAGUACCUCAAAGCUAGAUAGAAUAUCUUGUUGUCUGUCAUUAUAUAUAAUGCUAACGUAUCGUAAUAUGUGUAUUGAUGCAAUAAAGAAAAAAAUAUAAGCAAAUAUUUUUCAAAAAUUUAUCCACAAAUAAUAUUAAUUUUCGGGAAAUGUAUGUAGUUACAAAAUAGUAUUAAUAUUGUUGCCAAAUUAUAAAAUGGAUCGUGGUCACAAGAGCUGACUCUGAAGACUGUAAAAAAAAAAGAUUCGUAAUAGUUGAUAACGUGUGUAGUUCUUUUUUAUAAUUUACAGAAUCAAUACAGAUAAUAAAAUCAAAAUAUAGAACAGAUUAUCCGUGAGUAUUUAAAAUUGGGACCAUUCUCUUUUAAGAGAAAUAAUUAUUUUGCGCAUUAUUUAAUAGAAUAAAAAUACCAGCCACCUAAUUAAGUAAAUUUACUUAACAUUCGUUGUUAAUAGAUAAUUAUUUUAUUAUAUUGAAUAUUUUUGCUAGAUUAAAAUUAAAAAGCUAAGCUCUUCUGACCACGAUUGCACUAUGGAAGUAAUACCUUGUGUAUAAUUGAUAAAAUAUACAAAUUAAAAUUAUAAAUGAUAUAAAGUUGUUCGGUAAAUAUGCCUAUGAUAUAUAAGAUCUAGGAGUUUUUUUUUUCUAAUUUGAAUUUAUUUCUAGUUACUGCAUUUAUUCAUUAUGGGA